GAGCAUUCAUCAUUAGCACAGUUACUUGUGUUUAAGUAUAAAAGACUUGAAAUUCGGGAUUUGAGCAAUGGACAGAGUGGAGAUGAUCUAUGAGAAUGAAGAACAUUUCAAUACAAACAGACAACAACGUAAAGGUAAUAACAUUUAUAUGCUUAAAAAAAUGAAUUAACCUCAUAUUCAUAAUCUACAGGACAUGAGUAUGUAAGGAUGAGAAGAUACAGAACAGUUACAGUGUGUUUGGUGCUGCUGUGUGUUCUUCUACUGACUGCAGUCAUAGUGCUGUGUAUGAAGUUCACAAAGGAAACAAACAUGUUGCCGUCUGAGACAGAGAAACCGUACGACAGGCUUAAUGAACAAGAUCAGUGCCCAAAUAAUCCCAAAUGGAUAUCACGCAACCUCAGUUCUUACUACAUUUCAUCUGAGUGGAGAAACUGGAGCGAGAGCAGACAAGACUGUUUACAGAGAGGAGCAGAUCUACUCAUCAUAAACGACAAAGAGGAACAAGAUUUGUUUAAGAAUAGGUCUGAAACAGACAGCAUCUGGAUUGGUUUGUCUGACAGUGAUGAGGAGGGCAGAUGGAAAUGGGUUGAUGGCAGCACAUUGACCACUAGCUUCUGGGACAAAGUUCUACAUAAAGAGCCCAAUGGUAAAAGAGGAGAGAACUGUGUUGGGUCUUAUUCACCAGGAUGGGCUGAUUUCCCCUGUACUCGUACUUUUAAAUGGAUCUGUGAGAAAACACUAUAUUAGGUUAUGAAAUUCAUGUUAAUACAAUAAAUUGUGAACACAUAAGAGUCCAUCUGCGCAAGCUAAAAUCUGAUGACAAUAUGUAAUCUAAGUCAAACGUAUACUUAUUAGAAGGAAAUGGGACAUAUUUACAAAACAGGGCAAAUUAGCAUGAAAGCGCAAUUUAAAUAAAGUGUCAGUUGUAGUGAACAUUUCUGUUGGUGAUUUACUGUCAAGCCACACAUGAAAAAAAGUGCAAACUUUAGUAAAUCACUUUGUUUAAUUCAUUUAAAUACUCUCCAACCUUAAAUUUUGUCUUCUGUUUAAUUCUUUUUGUAUUGUGAUUAUGCAAAUAAGCUUUAGUUUUUCAAGUACUAUAGUUCAGGCUAUAGGUUGUAAACAGCAUUAGUGUAU